AUGGAUGUUUAUACUCAAACUUUUACAAAUCUUGAGUUCCUACUAAGUUCUCGCUUUGACAGAUUCGAACCUCCCGUUGACUUACCAAGGAACCCUUCCAGCUCAGCCGAUACUUUGCUUAGAAGAUUCGAACGGUCAUUUCGAAGAUGCAUAAGCCGGCGUAUUCGAGGUUUUCAGUUCGCUGCAAGAGCAGAUGAGAUUUUUCAUUUCAUAAUCAAACGGGAGUCAACAGGGACACAGGUUUUCGACACCUCUAUAGGCAAGUGUUUUUCUGGUGGCUUAAUCUUUGCCGAUAAGUUUCUUCAAAUAGCCUCUUACUUGCCUUCGGAUGCAAUGUAUGGCUGGGGUGAGAAUGCUCAUCCAACUUUGAAGGUGCCUGGUUAUUCAAUGCUCACAAUCAGAUUCCAUGAUUUUUCAAAGUAUCGAACAUGGGGUAUGUUUGCCAGAGAUGAACCUCCCGAUUUAAGCAAAUUGAGCACGAAGAAUCUUUACGGUAACAUUUGCCUGACCCUUCAUUAUCACUUGAUCUGA